AUGAGGGGGCAGCAGGUGGUGCAGGCAAAGGCUGCUGAGUACAGGCUGGAAGGAGAGGUGAUGGUGGAGGUAGAUCUGUUUGAUCUGUUGGAGUUGUGGCUGAGGGAGCUUAGGACAGUGGGCAGAGAUGUCAACUUGGUGGCGAUCGUGAUUCUGUCCCGUGGAAAAUUUGGCCUCUCCAGAUGUGUCACUCGCUACCUCGUGGCCAUGGCCGCAUCAGACCUGAUGGUCGUCGUCACUGAUGUGAUACUGAACCGGAUUAAUAAUAUCUAUUUCCCUUUCAGCUUCAUGUUUUACACCCCAGUGUGCAGCCUCCGGAUGGCAUUGCUGGCGUCCGCCAACGAGAGCUCAGUCUGGCUCACGGUGGGCUUCACCUUUGACCGCUUUGUGGCCAUCUCGUGUCAGAAGCUGAAAACCAGAUAUUGCACCGAGAGAAUCGCCACAAUAGUCACCGGCACAAUCUCGGUGCUGAGCUGCUUACAAGGCAUUCCCUGGUAUUUCAUAUUCAUUCCUGGCGCCAUAGUGAACAGCAUCCCCUUGUAUUGCAUAGAGAAACCAAGUUUUUACACUUCCCCUUUAUGGAGAGGCUUUGAGUGGUUCGUUCGAGUGCUCACCCCUUUGCUUGUGAUCGGGUUAAUUUUCCUGUUCAAUGCUCUCACAGUGAGGAGCAUUGUGAUAGCGAGCAGAGCUCGCAGGAGACUGCGAGGGGGAGGGAACGCUGCCGAGAAACAAAGUGACCCAGAGAUGAUGAACCGGCGCAGAUCCAUCAUUUUGCUCUUCACCAUAUCGACCAGUUUUGUGCUUCUGUGGCUCACCAGUGUGGUGUACUUUCUGAAAUGGCCCAUUACCAACUUUUUCAAUCAUCAGGAAGCCGACGGAAGCAACGUUCCCUACAUUAUCCAAGAAUGUGGGUUUAUGCUUCAAAUCCUCAGCUCCUGCACCAACACGUGCAUUUAUGCAGCGACCCAGUCAAAGUUCCGAGCGGAGCUUACAAACGGCAUCAAAUAUCCUUUCAAAUCAAUUGUAAAAAUGUUUAAAUAA